AUGCAGAAGCCCGUCUACGUACGCACAGCCGCCGACGUUGACGCCGGGAAGCAGGGGACGGGCGGCCAGACGGAUGGCAUGCAGAGGAAGGACGCGAUUGUGAACAAGUGCAGCUCGCUGUGCGCUUCUGUAAUGACCGCCGCGCCCCACACCUCCAGCGCGGUGCACCACCACGGCGAGCAAGACACCAUCGUGUACGUCGCCGGCGGGCACGGCGCCAUCCUCUCCGACGACGGCGCCACCCGGCAGGAGCUCGGCCCCGGCGACUUCGCCCUCAUCCCCGCCUGGACCGAGCACCAGGAGGUCAACGACGGCGACGUCGAGCUGACCUGGAUCAUCACCCGCAGCGGCAGCGAGCCCGUCGUCGUCAACCUCGACGGCUGGGCCGGCCAGAUGAAGCAGAGGGAGGAGAUUCUCUUCGCAACCCCUUAUUUUCCUUUUAAGACAACAAGGUAG